CGCUUCGCCACUUGUUUCCAAGUUCCUGAUCGCCAGCAUGUCGGAGACCGCUCCUGCCGCCCCUGCCGCCGCGCCCCCUGCGGAGAAGGCCCCUGUGAAAAAGAAGGCGGCCAAGAAGUCCGUAGGGGUCCGCCGUAAGGCGUCCGGGCCGCCGGUGUCCGAGCUCAUCACCAAGGCCGUGGCCGCCUCCAAGGAGCGCAGCGGCGUGUCGCUGGCCGCUCUCAAGAAGGCGCUGGCGGCCGCGGGCUACGACGUGGAGAAGAACAACAGCCGCAUCAAGCUGGGCCUCAAGAGCCUGGUGAGCAAGGGCACCCUGGUGCAGACCAAGGGCACCGGCGCCUCCGGCUCGUUCAAGCUCAACAAGAAGGCGGCCUCCGGCGAGGCCAAGCCCAAGGCCAAGAAGGCGGGCGCGGGCAAGCCUAAGAAGUCUGCUGGGGCCGCCAAGAAGCCCAAGAAGGCGGCGGGGUCAGCCACCCCCAAGAAGAGCGCCAAGAAGACCCCAAAGAAGGCGAAGAAGCCUGCGGCGGCUGCAGGGGCCAAAAAAGUAGCCAAGAGUCCAAAGAAAAAGGCUGCCAAGCCCAAGAAGGUCGCCAAGAGCGCACCCAAGGCUGUUAAGCCCAAGGCCGCCAAACCCAAGGUUGCCAAGCCCAAGAAGGCUGCACCCAAGAAGAAGUAGGUCACAUUCUGCUUCUAAAACCCAAAAAGGCUCUUUUCAGAGCCACCACUUAACCUCCGGAAGAGCUGUGCACUCCUGCCCUACUUCCUUCGUUUCUUCCCUUAAUUUUACUCUUAAGUUGUUUGAGGUUGGUGCCCACUUCCCCGGAAGACGGCGUUGGGACGGGCACUGCUGUGAGGAGGACCCUCCGGGCCCUUUUCGGCAGCUUUCCCGGCGCUGGCGCGGCGCGGCAGCUUGCGGAAGCGUCCGCGGCGGCCCCACCCCAGACCUGGGGAUGGGAAAACUGCCGUUCCCAGCCAGCUGCUCGGGCCAGGAAGUUAAAAGUCCCGCCUGCUCGUGGGUUGGCGCGUUCCUGGAAGCCGUUCUCUUCAUUGUGGAUUUAAUUGGGCAGCAGCCCGUUCUGAGGGUUUUUUUCCUAUUGGGCUGGGCUUGCUCUUUCCGCUAGAUGUAGAAAUACAUCUGGCAUCGGAGCACUUAACUUGCUCUGGAUCGUGUUCCUGGGGGCGUUGGUGGCGUUCUGCCCUUGGAAGAGGGGGGACGGACUCGUUUUCGUGUGCUCUAAUUCGCGUCUGUUUAGCCGCAAAAACGCGCAUUUGAGCAAAGACUGCCGCGCCGGGGUUCGGCUGCGCAGGGGGGUUUGCCCCUCGUACCCUGUAACUUGGGACAUAGGUGUGACAGACCUGAGCGCAUCAAAAACAACUUCUCGUCGCCAUCUUGUCCUGGCCGGCUGCUCCCCGUACUGUGUUCCUUUAAAUCCACCCGGGGAGAGUUUGUUGACUUUACAGAGAGGAGGGGCGGGGCGGGGCGGGGAGGAACCUCGAUGGGUAGCCUCCCGUUUGCGCCCUUAUAGGGGAUCGAACCCGCAAUCUUUUAACAGGACUGCGCUCUAACAGCCACCCGGCCGCGACCCGUCCUCCUCUUAGGCAUCUGAAAGCUGACGCUUUAGAGGCAACUUCUUGUGUGUGCGCGCGCAACCCAAAUGUGUGUACACGAUUGAGGACAACGGGUAAACUCUUGGGUGUGUCUUCGAGUGGCGGUGAGGCCAAUAAGAGCUUUAGCGUCAUUGACAUUGAAAGAUUGGGGGAAUCUUUCGUAUUGACAGCGUUUCUCCCGGAGGAAGUCCAGCGGCCUGUGUUUAUUAUGGCGAAUACAGACUUUCUCGAGACAAGUUCCAGAAGCGGGCUCCCGAGGGCCUGCAGCUCCGCUCUUCAGGGCCAUAGGAGUUAAUCUCCGCACCAGUUUGUGCUGCUGACCCCUGAGUUCAUCCGGCCGGCCCCGCCCCGCCCCGCCCCGCCCCACCGGACUGACAGAUGUCAAUCUUCGUUGUCUUUGUAAGAACUAAGGAAAAGACUUCCCCCGAGCCCUCUGUAUUUUAGUGCCCAGUUAGGGAAGUGAAUAAUAUAUGGAUAAUUUUUGUUAUAUGACUCUGUGCAUGUCAUAAAACAUUUUAGAUAUGUGUAUAUGUAGGUAAAUUUUCCCCCGAGGCCAUUUACUUCCUUUUCCAAUUCUGCCUUCCCUUCCCUGCCCACCGACCUCCACCGGAGAGGCCUUUACCUCAGGCUAGACUUCAGGGAUAGGUGGACUAAUUCUUAGUUUUCUGCUUUGUUCUUUGAUCUUCUUGGCCAUUCCUAAGGUUCGAGAGCACACUUUUUUAAUGUGUUUUUGUUUCCUAAAUUUUAUAUGUAUAUAUAAAAAAUUGUUUUUCAAAUUUUAUAUAUAUGUCACUGUGAAGUACUGUGUGUACCGCUUAUAUAAACUUUACUGCUUUUAUAAACACUUCACUGUUGUGAAUAUCUGUGUAUUAUUGUUUUUCAGUACUGUUCACAGCUCUCUUCAAUGCUGAGAAUUAUAACCCACCCAGUAGAUACUGCAAAUAACAAUGGAAUGUUAAAUAAACUGAGGUGUUCUACUGUGACUUUAAUAGUUAAACAACCGAUUUACUCUCAUUACUCAUUUCCAAAAUUCUCUGGUUAUUUUUUGUUGGGUUACUUGCUUUGCUUUUCCAUAUGAAGUUUGGGAUGUUCCCCACACAGCCACUCAGAAACAGUCAACGCCCUAUUGAUAGUCUUAUUCGCAUUGUUGUUUUUAUAAAUUAAACUCAGGAGAUGAGUUUUAGUACUCAAGAACAUUUUAUAUUUUCCAUUGUUCAAAUAUUUUCUACUUUUCUCCAAAUAUCUCUCUUCCCAUGUCUUAUCAUCAUCAUUUCCAGCUACUUUACCCUCUUUGUUGCUGUCGUACACGGCACCCUGAUAUUCUGGAUUCCUGGAGGGCCCGUGGAGGGCACUUGGAACACGACCAUUAACUGAAGGAACCUGUACGCGAGCUAAUUAAUCUCUAAGCAGGUCUGUUCAUAGCUACAUAGCGAAGGAGCAAAGAAUCAGAUGAAAUCAAUUUUAAACUGUAAUGUGUUAAACCCAAUGUGUCAAAAAUACCAUUAAGAUCACCCUGUGAGAUUAAUUUCCAUAGAACCGCCUUUUCAUCCGUAGUCGAUCCGUUUUCCCAUUAAAAAUUAAUAUUCACUAUCCACUUUUGUGUU